AUGGCAAUAAAAACAUUUAGAAAGUUCGAAACAAUUCUAAUUAUGUUUUAAUUGGCAGGUAAUAAACAUUUACACAAUUAAUAUAUGAAUUAUUACAAUAUUCUUGGUGUUUCAAAUAACUCGACACAUGAACAAAUAAAAAAAGCAUAUCGCGUUCUUGCUAAGCAACAUCAUCCAGUAAAUUAUCAAAAUAUGACCAGGAUAAGAAUGCAGAAUCAGCAUAAUUUAGAGUAAUUUCUGAGGCUUAUCGAAUACUUUCUAAUUCUGAACUCCGUGUUCGAUAUGACAUUUUCUAAGCCUAAUUGGAUAGACAAAUCAGCCUAUAUAANAAAUAAAAUACUUUAAUAUUAAAAAUUAAACUUUUUAUAUACAGAUUUAUUAAUGGCAGAAAUAAAGACGCUGAAUAUUGA